AUGGCAAAGAAAUCUGUUGAAAAAUAUAAAGCGAAAAAAAUUGAAAUUCCCGAAAUAAAAGGAGAAGCUCUAUUCGGAUUACACGCCGUAUUAGAGGCAAUCCGGUCUGGAAAACGAGAUUUUCAUUCUAUUUAUCUGAAGAAAGCUAUUGAAAAACGGGCAGAUUCGGAUACACGGAUCCGAGAAAUUUUGCAAAUAAUUCAAGAAUUGGGUAUAAAAAAGGAAUCGUUGACAGACGAUCAAUUGGACAGACUUACGGAGUAUCAACUUCAUAAUGGAAUUUGUAUGGAUGCAAGUCCCUUGAACUUUUCAAAUUUUGAAACAAAGAACUUAUCUAUUUUCGUCGACAGAGUCCUAGAUCCUGGAAAUCUUGGAGCUAUUGGAAGAAGUGCUUGGUAUUUUGGAGCUGAUGGAAUUUGUCUUGUUAAAGGAAGAGGACCAAAGACUAUCACUCCUUCUAUGAUCAAGUCGUCAUGUGGCGCUCUGGAACAUCUCCCAGUUCAACAAUUUGAAAAUUUUCACGAAUUCAGGGAUUCUAUCAAAUUGAAUAGUGGAGGGUUAGUAGCGACAUGUGAUCCGUUGGCAGCUGAAAAAGCUGGAAUUACAGUGAAAUCUUUAAAUGAAUGGAAGCCCAAAAAAACAGUUGGAAUUGUUCUUGGAGAUGAAGGAGUUGGAAUCAGUAAAGAAAUUCUGAAUUUUUGUGAUACCGUAAUUUCAAUCGCUCCUACCAGAGAACAUCAAUCAAGUGUUACUUCUUUGAAUGUUUCCGUUGUGGCAGGUGAGAAGUCGACAAUCAAAUGUAAAGACAGAAGUUCAUUCUGUCGAUUGAAAAAACAAUUGUGUCUGAAUGAAUCAGAUUUUGGAAAAAUGAAAGCCAAAUGUGAAGCAACGUGUGGAUUUUGCGGAUUUAAAACAUUUGAAGAAGUAGAGAAAACAAGGAAACGAAUUGAUGAAUUGGCAAGAGGACAAGAGUGUGAUUUACCAAGAAAAUGUGUUUUUCCAAAAGAAAAAAUGUUGAAUUCGACUGGAACUCCUUCGGUUAAUCAUGACACAACUGCUACUAUUGUUGAUCCAAUUGUUGCAUACAGAUCAAAACUUAACUGGAACUCAACAACAGUAGGAUCAGCUAGAAAUGUCCCCGAAUACAAUAAUACUACUGAAUUUCCAAUGACAUCUAACGAGAUCUCAAAUAUCACGACAGUUGAUUUGAAAACUCUUCUUCAAACCGUCGGAAAAUCGACAACUUCGACUACAUUAAGAAGUUCGACAACUAGAUCAAGAGUCCCAAAGACAAUAGAUUCAUUCGAUUCGAAUGAGAAAUUGAAGACGUUCGCAUCUAGACGUCACAAUGAAACAACCACUUCUAUCACUUUGCCGUCUUCAUUCAAUUCAACAAAAGUUGUUCGAAAACUUACUUUAGAAGAGCUGAAGACGACUAGGGACACAAUGCCAAAAAUCACAACAGCCGAACCGAGUUCCCUGUCAAACUCUCUUUCGAAGACAGUAAUCCGAGGAACUUGUUUCGAUGAGUACACCUAUUGUAGAGAGUUCACUUCUCUUUGCUCUCAUCCAGCAUUCUCUGAAGUUAUGGCUUCUCAUUGUUCACUAACUUGUGAUAGAUGUGAUGAUGUCGAAAGGGUUGAAGAAGGAUCUGAGGAUUGUGAGGAUAUGACUCCAGAUUGCAAGAAUUAUCGUGAUCUGUGUCAACAUUCCAAAUACAAGACUCUUAUGGAGAGCUACUGUCCAAAAGUAUGUGGACACUGUAUUCCAAUGUGUAGAGAUCGUCAUCAAAAUUGUCCACAAUUCUUCGAUGAUGGCUUCUGCAAUGAUACGAUGUACACUUACGACGAACGAAAAUAUCUGUGUGGAGCAACUUGUCUUCUCUGCUAA